UUUUCAAAUUUUGUUCACGCUUGAGGCGACAAACAAGGGGCAUUAUUCUCGUUAUUAUUUUCUACAUGGCCCAGGUAGUAGGUAGGUAGGCCCUGGGCUAGGCUACAUUGUUGAUUGUUGGACCAAGGUUUUCAUUCAUUGUCAUUUCAACCGUCAACUAGCGUCAGCAGUCAAAAGUUGACUGAACGACUUGCACUUUCUGUGACUUGGAGGAACGUCUGUGCAAUGGACCCCAGGCCUACUCUAGACUUCCUGAAAUCCAACAGAAUCGGCCAAAUUUUGCUCAUUGUCACUUGUGGCCAACAUUUUUUGUGACCUUGUCUCUUGAUUCUCUAGAUGAUCAUGAUCCUCUUCUAGUCUACUCUUGAAUCGAACUGUCUCAUGAUUUGAAGGUAGAUCGUGACUCGUCAUAACUUUUUAAAAGUCACAACAACAAGUGACAACAUGAGGAACAUCAGCUCAAAAUCUUUUCUCUCCCUCCGCCAUAUUGUUGGCUGCUGUAAAGUUUCAUGUAUCACACUGUCUCAUUGGGGAAUCACCACCAGUUUCCGUAGGUUUGGCCAGCCCGCUUCACAAACGCAUCCCCACCUUAUUGCAGAAGGGGAGGUAACUCCGGGCAUAACGCGUGCGGAAUAUCAUCAGAGGAGAUGCAAACUUGUGCAGGCAGCCGUGAAAACUUUCAGGGGGGUUAAAUCUGUGAAAGACCAUUUGUUCAUUUUUCCAUCUUCUACAACGAGCUACAUGACAAAUGAUAUCCCUUAUCCUUUCAGACAGAAUACUGAUUUCCUGUAUUUUUCUGGAUUUCUGGAGCCAGAUAGCCUUCUUUUGAUUGAAGCAAAUCAUAAAUCUGUGGAUGGGGCUCAUGUGUCACAUUUGUUUGUUCCUCGGAGAGAUCCGUCUCGAGAAUUGUGGGAUGGGCCAAGGUCAGGGACAGAUGGUGCCAUUAAGCUGACGGGAGUCGAUGCAUCUUUCACCACAGGAGAACUGGGCAAAUAUCUUCAGUACUACAACCACCAGCAUAAAGACUAUGUGUUAUGGUACAACCAUGGCAGGCCAGUGCACGCAGAUUUUCACCAUCGGAUUUUGGAGCAAGUUAUGAAAGACCAGAAACACAAGUGUGUGGAGAAUCCCACAAUGAAUUGCCAUAAACUGCGCGCUUUGAAAUCUCCAGCUGAAGUGCAGCUUAUGCAGCGCAGUGCAGAUAUCGCAUCAGAGGCCUUUAUGGAAACUAUGAAAUUUUCUCGCCCUAUGGUUAACGAGGCUCACUUAUGGGCAAAAAUGGACUUUGAGUGUCGGAUUAGAGGGGCUGAGUUUUUGGCAUACCCUCCUGUUGUUGCUGGAGGGACUCGAGCGAACAUCAUUCAUUACAUCACAAAUAACCAGGUGAUUGUUGAUGGUGAUUUGGUGCUGAUGGAUGCUGGAUGCGAACUUCAUGGAUAUGCCAGUGAUCUCACCCGUACCUGGCCAGUGUCAGGCAAGUUCACCAAACCCCAAAAGGAGUUGUACAAUGCAACGUUGCGAGUUCAGGAAGCCUGUAUCAAACUGUGCACCAACCAGUACUCCCUGGAUGAACUCUUCCACGAGAUGCUGCUGCUAUUGGCAGAGGAACUGACGCACCUGGGCAUCAUCGCCGCUGAGAGCUCUCCUGAAGAAAAACUGCAGCUGGCCCGUAAAUUCUGCCCCCACCACGUGGGUCACUAUCUGGGUAUGGACGUCCACGACACCAGCACCAUGUCUCGCAAGGCCAAGCUGAAGCCCAACAUGGUCAUCACUAUUGAGCCUGGAAUUUACAUCAGAGAAGAUGACUUUACCGUCAGUCCAGAGUACAGAGGCAUCGGUAUUCGUGUUGAGGAUAACAUUUUGAUCACAGAUUCUGCCCCGCUCAAUCUGUCUGCCUCCUGCCCUAAGGAAAUAGAGGAGAUUGAGGGCAUAAUGGCCGCUCGUGCUUAGGUCUGUCAGGUUUCUAGUAAAAGUCAAGUAGCCCGUAGCCUACCCCCCAUCUCAAAACCAAAACGGCAAGACCAAGGUUGAACAUCUAGGGUCACCAUGGAGGUCACAGGGGAGGUCACUGUGGAGGUCACCCUGAAGGUCACUGUGGGGUUCCAGCCAUGUCUUGUUACAGUAACAGGAAACAGCAGACUGCGAUCGUCGUGACGCACAAAGAAAUCAGGAGUUGUACGGUACUUUACUUUUUUCACUGUCUUCAGCAAGAUGAAGAGAAAAGAGGAGAUAGAAAGCAUAUAUACGUGUCCUGUGUCCAGAGAAUUGAGGAGACACAGAAGAAGGAAUCUUUAAGCUCCCCCCCCACAAAACGGAGUGGAAGGAGUGCAUCUUUUUCCACCAAUAGCAGUGGGGAUACAGAGCAAAUCUAUCUGUGAUUUUUCAAUGUUCAGCCAUGUAGAAUUGAAGAUGGUCCCAUCAGUUCACUAGAGUUGGGUUGCCUUCAUGUGACCCAGUUGGACUUUAUGCAAUAUCCUCCUACCUGACAUUUUUCUCCUGCCAUUUUGCGUUCUUGGAUUCCCUUUGGUCGUGCAACCCAUUCCGUAGGAUCUUGUCAGACCGUAAUGGGACUGGAAUGUGUUGUUUGAAGCUGUCUGAGUUUGGGGGAUAUGUGUGUUAUGUGUACAUUAUGCGUUAGGCUACGGGACUUGUAAUCGUGAGGUUGCGGGUUUGGGGGUUCGAGCCGCGGGCCUGGCGUUGUGUCCUUGGGAAAGGCUCUU